CUGCGUGUCAGUGGGCGGUCUGGCUUCCUGCGCUCUUCCUGCGCGGAGCCGGUGGCUCGGCUUUGUUUGGGCUGAGGGGCCUCGAAGCGGCGGCGGCGGCAGGAAUAGAGACGAUGUGUGAGCCCAGCAAGCAGGACAUUCAGGCCGUCUUCAAGAGGCUGCGUGCCGUCCCGACCAACAAGGCGUGUUUUGACUGUGGAGCAAAAAAUCCAAGUUGGGCAAGCAUAACAUAUGGUGUCUUCCUGUGUAUUGAUUGCUCUGGGACCCAUCGUUCUCUUGGAGUUCAUUUGACUUUUAUUAGGUCUACAGAAUUAGAUUCUAACUGGUCAUGGUAUCAACUGAGAUGUAUGCAAGUUGGAGGAAAUGCAAAUGCUUCUGGCUUUUUUCAUCAACAUGGUUGUACAACAAAUGAUACCAAUGCCAAGUAUAGUAGCCGUGCUGCUCACCUUUAUAGGGAAAAGAUUAAAUCCCUAGCAACUCAUGCAACACGCAAGUACGGUACUGAAUUAUGGAUAGAUGGCUGUGGAGCCCCUCCCCUGUCACCUCAGGAAAAAGAGGAAGACUUCUUUGCCUCACACGUUUCUCCUCGGAUUAUUGACACAGAAUGGGAGGCAGCACAUGAGGAGACAAAUAGUCUCAACUGUGCAGAUAAUUCAGAAAGCAAAGAAGAACAACCUGAACAUGGACCAAGUGUUGACUGCCUUAGUGUGUCACCACAAGCAUCACUAGCCAGCUUGGAGAAUGUAAAUACUUCAGGCACCGCACCUAGCAAAGAUGCUAGCUCUAUGCUGAAGAAGAAGUCAAAUCAAAUGAAAAAGGGGAUUGGAGCAAAGAAAGCUGGUUUGGGAGCCCAGAAAAUGAGCAGUAAGAGUUUUAAUGAGAUUGAAAAACAAGCACAAGCUGUCGAUAAAAUGAAAGAAAAUCUACAUGCAAACAAAAGAGCUGAGAAAGAAGAACCUCUAGUAUCCUCUUUACGCCUGGCCUACAAAGAUCUUGAAAUUCACAUGAAAGAAGAAAAAUUAAAUGUGACCGGAAAAAAGAAAACAGAAGUAGAUAGACUCGGCAUGGGAUUUAGUGGAAAUAGAAGUGGCAUUUCCCAUUCAGUAACUUCAGAUAUGCAGAUCAUAGAACAAGAAACGCCUACAACUGCAAAACCUAGGAAGAAGUAUAAUGAUGACGACGACUCAUAUUUUUCUUCCUCUAGUUCAAGAUACUUUGAUGCACCUGAGUUGAGAAGCAGCACUUUUUCUAAAUGGGAUGAUGAUUCUGAUUCCUUCUGGAAGAAAGAGAGUGUCAGCAGAGAUGUGGAAACGAUCCUUACUUCAAAACCUAUGAGCUAUUCAGACAGGCCCUCCUCUCGUCGGAAAGCUGACUAUGAACCUUCAAACACAGAUGAGGCACAAAAGAAAUUUGGCAACGUUAAAGCUAUUUCAUCAGAUAUGUACUUUGGAAAGCAAGAUCAUGCCGAUUAUGAAGCUAGAGUUCGUUUAGACAGGCUUUCUGGAAAUUCUGCUAUAAGUUCAGCUGAUUUAUUUGAAGAUCAGAAGACGUCACCUUCAGGCAGUUAUAAUAUUUCAAAUGUCCUUCCCAACGCUCCUGAUAUGGCUCAAUUUAAAAAAGGAGUAAAAUCAGUCGCUGGAAGGCUUUCGGUGCUGGCAAAUGGAGUCAUGACUUCUAUCCAGGACCGUUAUGGCUCUUAACUACUUUUAUUCAACUGACUGGAGACAUAGAAGACUUUUUUUCCAAAUAUACUUCAGCCAGUGGUCAUACUGUUGAUUUUACACAAAGGCUGCCUUAAGGCUGUAGAAUAUUUUAUUCCAAUGAUUUGGCACCUGUAUUUUACCACAUAUCUUUUCUGCUUCCUAGCAUCUUUCAUUUAAUGUAGUUACUACUUAUCACUUUUGCUUUUAUUAUAUUAUAGCUGUAUCUCCUGCUGUUCAUGUCUACCAUUAUUAUGCUACGAAUGGUAUCCUUGUGGUUGUUAUGGCUACUUUGGUUCUGGGACCAGACGACAAAUGCUAUUUUUUCUUACACAGGAUGGUUGCCAUGUACCUAUAAAGCCCUUUUGGUAAACUUUAGUUAUAUGAUCUGAAGAGAAACCCAAGUAUGUAAACUUGAGCGGUUUCUUGCAGAAAAUGUUGCCAGCUUUUAUCUCAAAAUUGGGCCUGUCCAUAUGUUCCUGGGAGUGGGUUUCAAUCUUGUGCCAUUUAUUUUCUAUGGUUCCUGGAAAAAGGCCUCCUUCAUACUUAACACUGAACUGCCUACCUCAAAAAUGGUCCAAAAUAUUCACUUGUGCUCCAGAGAGGCUUCUGGGGUUGAUGAGAAAGAAAAUUAUCAAAAAAUUGCGGACAGAGUUUAGGGUCUUAGGGAUACUCACCCUAGAGAACAUCUUUUGGGUGGAAAGGAAGUUCAAGUCCUGUAAAGAUAAUUUAAUCCAUUGGAGAUGUUGCCGAUUUGGAUACUAAGGGGACUUUCCGAUUUGAGCAUUAUCUUCUUGGGCUGGUGAAGGAGUGGAGAGAAUUGCAAGACCAGUACGUGCUCCUAUAUACUUGCUGCACAAGAAUGAGAAGGAGUUGGGAUGGAGGAGUAGAAAAGAGACAUGGCCCAACACAGAGUUGUGCAUCUAUUGAUUUUAGUGGGUGAAAAUGUGUUUAACUAUGAUAUAUUUGUAAUCAAAGGAAAUACUGAGGUGAGAGUUAAACACUGUAUUCAGUAUGAAAGUGCUAUGAUCUUUAAAACAAUGGUUCAAUGAAAGCAGUGAUGUAAUUUUUCUGAGAAAAAGCACAACUAAUUUGUCAUAUGUUUAAAAUCUUAUUUUCAUGUCUUGACACCUAUUUAUUCAUAACUAUUUUUUUCUGUAUUGCGAUUAGAUGCUUUAAAUGCCUUUAAACAAUCAAUAGGGUGUAUGAUAUCAAAUAUAUAGAUAAGGGAGGAGGGAUGGAAAAUAGAAUAUGGUAAAUGAAGGGCUAAACAAGAAUAAUCUAAUAGAAUGUUUAAACGCUGUAAGAAUUCUAGUACUAUCUUGUGGAUGUAAAAAGAAGUCCUAAAUAUGUACAUAAAAAGGAUAUACUGUGGCUGUGUUUUAGACAGCCUAGAGCUGUAAUUGUUCAGAAUAAACUAAAUCUAAACUGUUAUUUGAAAGAUUGCCAGAAAAACUUCACUCUACCACCUCUGUGUCUGUUUCUGGAAGAGCUGUCAUUUCAAUAACAUCUGAAAUAAAUUCUCGUUUUACAUGUCAAA